UAAUAGUAACAACGCGACGUACGCUCCUUUUUGUUUAUGUGUGCGCGUACCUCCUCGUAUAUAUACAUUACAUUGAUAUGUACGUGUAUAUGUUCGUACGCGCGCGCGUGUGUGUACGACAUUAGUUUUUUUUUAAUUUAUCGUUUCCCCCCACCCCUGUUGUCCGACCACGUGAUACGUCGUUUCGCAUUGUACUCGUACAUACAACCCAUACGACACGGCGAUGACGACGGAGCGUUUCAUUUGUUCGAAUUAUCUGCCGACGUUGACGUUGAUCACGACAAACACUACGUCGGAAUGAUAAUUUUAUUCGUGUGAUUCGUAUGCAAGAUGUACUGUUGUACUUGGUUUCACUCCGCGAAUCGUAAGGAGUUGACGAAAAUAAAAAAAAACGCAUCACUUGUCGCAAAAAAAUAUUUCGUCAUGCGUGCGGCGCUAUACGUCCGUAUAACAUUUGUUCGCAAAUGCAGUAUGUGAAAACACUGUGAUCGUACAACAUGCAUACGUUAUUCCUUUUCUACUCCUUAGAAUUUGACAUGUCCCGUUUGAAUGUUACACACAGACGUUUCGUUGAAGAAUUUCGGUAACCGCCCUGCACUUGUGGUCGCGGAUAUGAAAACGUGUUGCGAACAAAUAACCGAAACCGAUAUCGAUUGUAAUCAUAUAAAAUUAAUUGGAACCAGUACUGAUUUAGAAGCAAGACGUACCAAAAAUAUUACACUCCCGUACCUGAAUAAUUAUUCAUACAAUCGCCGUGGAAAAUGUGACAUUCGCAUUAAUAUAACAUUUAACAGUAAUCAAAAUUUGAAUAUUCCAAUAAUUCAACGGAUUAAUUUUGAUACAUAUUUAACCCGAAGGACAUUUUCAAGUCUACUAACAGGUGGUUCAAAAAUAAAAUGCCAAUACCCAGAUGAAGAUCCUUUAGAUUCUUGUCUUCCUGUGAAUUGUCAUAUGAAAUAUUCUGGACAUCGAGGAUUUUAUAGUGCAUCAGAGAAAAAAUGUGUACGGAUUCCAAAAUGUCAAUCAAAUAUGAAUAUAAAUCAAGCUUAUCUCUGGUCUACCAACCAAUGUGUUGAUUUAAAUAAUACAGUCACACAAAAAGACAUACAAGAAGUAUUGUAUAGGAUAGAAAACAAUAAGAGUGAUGAAUUGUUCCAAAAAAUCGAUAAUAUUCAUAUCAGUCAAAAAAUUCGUUGUCAUAAUGGACGCGUGAACAAUUUUACCGAUCUUUGCGACUGUUAUUCUGGAUGGGAAAAUGAAAAGAAUAUGAACUUGAAUGAUUUUAUACCGUCCACUAUACCAUUGCAAAUGUGCACUGUCCGUAAACAUUUUUCUAAAAAUAUUAAGAGUUUAACAAAUGAUAUAAUACCAAGAAACUGGACGUUUAUAGAACUUAUUUUUUCAAUAUUAUUUAGUUCUGCAAUUAUACUACUGACGUUACAUGGUAUUAACUUGUGGAUCCUUAACCAAUCGGAAAUAAGCGAAAUCACAGUUUAAAUUCUCAAUAAAUAUCUAUGGAAUAUAUUGUAGUUGUGCUCUUGUGUUAGUGCUUAAUUUUUGAAUUUGUUGUAAUAAUACUUAAUUGUUAUAAAUUAGAAAAAAAUAUAUACUCACUUUAGGUACGAUUAUGGACACUACUAGAAUUAUUUUCAGCGUAACUCAAUUACAAUACACCAACCUACUGUUUAUUUAUAUACAUUUAAUUUCAAUAGACAUUUCUUUAGAUAACCGUUAAUAACAUAACCGAAACGAUUUUAUAUUAUAUAUAUAAAUUGUAAUUUUGUGAAGAUAACCUAUACCCAAAAGUAUACUGCAGGCGCGGUUUUUUUUUACUUUGAUCCAAUAAAUAUAUUUAAAAACACCGCCAAUAAUAGGUUUGCUCGUAAUAAUAGCGCUUAUAUAUAUAUUAUUGAGGUGUACAACAAUGAAAUACAGACGUUUUUGAUCACGGAAUAAUAAUAUGUAACGUGUCCCUUAGAGGAUCGACUGUAUAAAGGUACUGUCUUGAUGUGCCCAUACGUAAUAUAAGGAACAACUCUUCAAAAAUCUGACAGCCUGCCAUUAGAGUUAUUGAUACUAUACAAAUUUUUCGACCUGCCGAUUACCCAAGGCCGCAAGGGAAUCAUUGAGAAACCAAUUUAAACGUAUCCUCGACAUCGUAUGGCGCCAUCGUUGUGUAAUGCACUUUUCAGAUAAUAACCUGUAAGUUAAUAUAGGUACCUUUAUUAUAAAAA